ACCGGCUGCCGACGACGGCUUCACCGGGAAGGAACGGAAGAAGGCUCCUCGAGGUCGAGGGGAAAAGAAAAAAUUUGGUGACGUGUGCAAGAGGGAAGGAAGGGGGGAUGAGCGCCUCCGCCUCCUCCGCCUCCUCGUCGGCGUCGCCGGUGCCGCCGGAGGACGACGUCUGCUCGGUGUGCCACGACCGCUUCCGGAUCCCCUGCCAGGCCAACUGCUCCCAUUGGUUCUGCGGGGAAUGCAUCAUCCGUGUCUGGAAUCAUGGAGCUGCUGUACAGCCUUGCAAGUGUCCCAUAUGCCGCCGCCUUAUAAAUCUGCUGGUACCUGCUAAUAUAACGGAGGACCAGAAUGAUGACCCACAACUUCAACGAGUUUUGGGAGAGAUUCAGCACUACAACCACAUAUUCGGUGGAGCACCACGCAGCCUGACUCAGAGGUUGCAAGACCUGCCAUUUUUCAUGCGAAGACUGUUCAGAGAACUAAUGGAUCCUCAGAGGACCCUCCCACUUGUUUUCAGGGCGAGGAUGAUUCUGAUGGUGGCCCUGAGUGCAGUUUAUGUCCUGAGCCCGGUCGACAUUCUUCCUGAAAGCGUGCUGGGGUUAUUCGGAUUCUUCGACGACUUCCUCAUCCUGGUGAUCGUGUUCCUCCACCUUGCCGCUGUUUACCGGUCGUUGCUUCUCUACCGCCAUGGUGGCCAUUGAAUCGCUGUGCAGUAGUUCAUAGCUGGAUGUACUCCUAUGUCGGUGCUUUGAGGUUUGAUUUGUGCGGGAAUGUUUGCCAGGUUGAUGGAUGGUGGCUGCAGAUUAGGCAUGUCUCCGUUUUUAGUCCACAUGUGUCAAUGGAAGUUGGAGCGCCUUAUUUGGUUUAUAUGAUGGACAAGCACUUUGUACCUUGGCACAUUAUCAGUUUUGGUUUAAAAAGUAUGAUGAAGUUCUAUUU